AUGGCGCCCGAAAAGAAUGGAAGAGUUGUCUUUAUCGGCAACAUUCCUUACGGUGUUAGCGAAGAACAGAUCAUCGACACAUUUGGAAGAGUCGGCUCUGUGAACAACUUCAGACUGGUGCACGACAAGGAGACUGGUAGACCUAAGGGCUUUGGUUUCCUCGAGUUCGCAGACCCAGAUGCCGCUGCAUCGGCUGUGCGCAACCUCAAUGACCACGAAAUCAUGGGCCGCAAGUUGCGCGUCGACUGGUCAAACGACAACAGCGGAGGCGGCAACAACAAUGACAACUCCAACAACAUGCAACAAUCACAUCCUGGCGACGGCUCAAACCAGCAGCCUCCAGUGCUGCCUCCUCUCCCACCCGGCACAGACUUGCCCGCUGGUCUGACAUGUCCCGAUGCCAUCUCCAAGACACUGAGCGCCAUCCCAGCUCCUCAACUGCUUGAUAUUAUCUCGCAGAUGAAGAGUCUCGUCAUGUCGGAUCCCAAUCAAGCAACUGAACUCUUGCGCCAAGCUCCCCAACUCGCCUACGCCAUUUUCCAGGCCCUUCUCCUUCUCGGCCUUGUCGACACGAGCAUGCUCAGCAGCAUUGUCCAGGCCUCCGCUCCCCAGAACCCACAGUUCCCAGCCGGGGCACCAGUACCUCCACCACCUAUGCCUCAGCCUCCUCAGGGCGCCUACGCUCCUACUCCACAGCCCGGCUACCCAGGAUACCCUCCCCAAAACUACCAACAGCCUACACCACCAGUCCAACAACCUGCUUUCGCACCACCACCGCCACCUCAACAGGCAGCAGCAGCAAGUCAGCAAGAUCUCAUUGCUCAAGUCUUGGCUAUGACCAUGGAUCAGAUCAACCAACUCGACCCCGUAUCGCGCCAGCAGAUUAUCGCUCUGCGCGCUCAGCUCGGUGCGCCAGUCGCUUGA